CGAGCUGGGGCUCAUCGCAGACACAGACCAUAUAUUAACCUUCCUAUUUUCCCUAAUCUGGACUGUAUGUGUUUUCGUCAGUCAGUUACAAUCUUCAUUUUAUUGUCCGGUUUGCUUUAAGACCCUUGUUUUCCAUGGCACGUCAAGACAAUUUUCGAGACGGAGGAGUGAGAUGCCGAUCGUUUGGACAAUUGCGAGGGGGACUGUAUCUGGGUUUUUUUCUCUUUUUUUUACUUAAUCAAGUAGUUGCCCAAAUACGGUAUUCCAUCCCAGAGGAGAAGAAGAAAGGGUCGCUUGUUGGUAAUGUAGCACAAGAUCUUGGUUUGGAUCUGAAGAGGCUUCGUUCUGGGCGGGCCCGUAUCGUGACUGGAGAAAACAUCCACUACACCGAGCUGAAGACAGACAAAGGGAUUCUAGUCGUGAAUGAGAGAAUAGACCGAGAGCAGCUUUGUGGAGACGAAACGCCGUGUAGCUUUACCUUUGAGAUUUUAUUGGAAAACCCAAUGGAGUUGCACCCUGUGACUAUAGAAGUAUUGGACGUAAAUGACAACGCUCCUAUUUUCCAAAACAGUCAUUUGAAAUUUGAAAUAAGCGAAUCAGCCGUGCUUGGUUCCCGAUUUGUUUUAGAAAGUGCAGACGAUGCUGAUGUUGGGGGAAAUGGUCUGCAGAAUUACGUAUUAACUCCGAACGAUAAUUUUGAUUUAAAACAACACGUCAAUCCGGACGGCAGUAAAUAUGCUGAAAUGGUGCUUCAGAAACCCCUGGACAGAGAAGAGCAGCCACGCCUGUCUCUAAAACUGCUGGCAGUGGACGGUGGAGAUCCACAGAGAUCUGGUACAGUAAAUAUAGAUGUUUUCAUCCUUGAUGCCAAUGAUAAUGCACCUGUGUUCAACCAGACACUAUAUAAGGCCACGGUGAUUGAAAAUGCAUCAAAAGGCACACAUAUUAUCACUGUGAAUGCAAGCGAUAUUGAUAGUGGUUCAAACGGAAAGAUAACGUAUUCAUUUUCAAAAUCAAAAGCAGGAAUAGCUGAUUUGUUCGAAAUAGAUGAGGCUACUGGGAAAAUAUAUGUGGCUAAGGAAAUAGAUUUUGAAAAAGACAAAAAAGUCGAGUUCAGGGUUGAAGCCAAAGAUCAUGGCGGACUGACAGAUUCUAGCAAAGUUGAAAUUGAGGUAAUCGAUGUAAAUGAUAAUGCUCCGGUCAUUAACGUGAUGUCCUUCACGAGCCCUGUGUCUGAAGACUCCCCCGCCGGUACAACUAUUGGCAUAAUUAAUGUUAAAGAUCUGGAUUCGAGUGAAAACGGACAAGUUAGGUGCACGAUCGAAGGCAAUGUUCCUUUUAAAAUUAAAUCCAAUGUUAGAAAUUACUAUGCAUUGAUCACUGAUGCUGCAUUAGAUCGUGAAAAUCUGCCAGAGUGUAACAUUACUGUUAUUGCCUCAGACACUGGCUCGCCACCACUCUCAACUACAAGAACCUUUUAUCUUAAGGUUUCUGAUGUAAAUGAUAAUGCCCCAGUAUUUCCCCAGAGCGUUUAUAGUGCAUACAUCACAGAGAAUAAUUCUCCGGGUGUAUCUGUAUUAAGUGUUCGAGCUAGAGACCCUGAUGAAAACCAAAACGCCCGUGUUUCCUAUAUUUUGGAAGAGUGUGAAAUAGGCGGAUCUCCAAUUUCUGUAUAUGUUUCGGUUAAUGCAGAAAGCGGAGCAAUACAUGCAGUGCGCUCAUUUGAUUAUGAACAAAUAAAGCAAGUUGUAUUCACUGUCAGAGGACAGGAUGGAGGCUCUCCUCCACUGAGUAGCAAUGUGACUGUGAAAUUACUGAUCCAGGACCAGAACGACAACCCUCCUCAGGUCCUGUACCCAGUCCAGACUGGUGGCUCUCUGGUGGCUGAGAUGGUGCCUCGUUCAGCAGAUGUGGGCUAUCUGGUCACUAAAGUGGUGGCUGUUGAUGUGGACUCUGGACAGAAUGCCUGGCUCUCCUAUAAACUGCAGAAAGCCACAGACAGGGCGCUGUUUGAAGUGGGCUUACAGAAUGGAGAAAUAAGGACUAUCCGCCAGGUGACUGAUAAAGAUGCUGUGAAACAAAGACUGUCUGUUAUAGUGGAGGACAACGGGCAGCCCUCUCGUUCAGCUACAGUCAUUGUUAACGUGGUGGUGGCUGACAGCUUCCCGGAAGUGCUGUCUGAGUUCACUGACUUUACACAGGACAAGGAGUACAAUGACAACCUGACUUUUUACUUAGUGCUGGCUCUGGCUGUAGUGUCCUUCCUCUUCAUCACGUGUUUAGUGGUUAUUAUAUCAGUGAAGAUCUACAGGUGGAGACAGUCUCGCAUCAUGUGUCACUCCAAUCUCCCUGUGAUUCCUUAUUAUCCUCCACGUUACUCAGACACUUUGGGGACAGGGACUCUCCAACACGUGUACAACUACGAGGUGUGCAGGACGACUGACUCCAGAAAGAGUGACUGUAAGUUCGGCGGAGCAGGUAGUCAGAACGUGCUGAUAAUGGACCCCAGUUCUACAGGGACGAUGCAGCGGAUACAGAGUGAAAAGAGCAUCCUGGAUGAACCAGACUCUCCUCUUGAGGUGAGUCAAAAAUGCCAGCUUCGUCUUUUUGGACCCUUUGUUUUCCUUUUGUUUCUAGUUUCAUGUUCAGUGCCAAGGACAGCUUAUUUUUCUUACACAACCUGA